AUGAGUCGAUCAACAAGAACAGCUUCGUCUCCUAAAUAUCCUUUUACGUCUUAUACGAAUAGUAGUUACGUCAAUAAUAACAGCAAUAUCAAUCUGCUAGCUUCUCAGAGACCUUAUAGACAUAUAAGGACGGAAUCUUUGGACACCGUGGGAUCCUCGGCUUUCUCAUCGGAUAGUGAAGAAAGUGAUAGUAGCAGCGCAACUAAAGCGAAAACGCAGGGAAAAUUAAAAAAAGUCAAAGUAGUAAAGACACAGGAGGCCGAAAGUAAAAAGGAUAGAAUCAAAAGUAACACCGCCGAAUUUGGGUUCACUGACAAAAACGGUGUGCCCAUUAGCCUACAAGAUUCUAAAGGAAAUAUGGGAAUCCUGAGAAGAUUACGGUUUUGGAAAAAGAAUCGUGGAGUAGCCCCUGAAAUCGAGAAUAAUUAUCAUGAAAAGAAUGAUCGAGGAUAUGAUACCGCAGUAAUUAGCGGGGAAAGCGGAAAUGGAGGAAAUGGAAACGAGGGAGAUGGGAAUAAUGGGAAUAAUGGAAAUGGUGGAAACAAAUGGAACACCAGUGCACCGUUAACUCCAGAUGACCUAAAGGUCAAGUCACUGGUGUGCGUUGCAUUGUUCGGCUCCCUGGGGAGUACUCUCCCGAAAGAAUUUCCUUGUGAUUAUUGCACAAAUGACCCAAAUGUCUUUUACAACGUGACCGGCAACGGGAUGUUUCCAGGUGGGGCGAUUCCAACAACGAUAUUUCAAUUGUCGAACUUGAAUUCAAUCAACAUCGUCUCUACGGGACUUACCGGAAAUAUUCCGGACACCUUUGAUAAUAUGACUUCCUUGAAGACACUGACAUUAUCAGAGAACCCUAAACUCGGCAAUUCCAUACCCCCCUCCAUUGGAUCGACUUCAUUAACCACGUUGACCAUAUCGGGGCAAGGGAUUACCGGAAACAUCCCCGACUUUCUGGGAAACAGCAAGACAUUGAAAUCAAAUCUUCAAAAUCUUUUUAAUUCGUUGACGGGGACCAUACCGCAGUCUUUAAUGAAUCUCGUUUCCCUGAAAUCAAUCAACCUCGAAGGAAAUAAACUUAACGGUCCCAUUCCCACUUCCAUAAGCGCGACAAGCUUCCCAAGCUUAAACUUGAUUAACCUGGGAAUUAAUAAUCUGACCGGUUCGAUCCCGGACUCCAUAUCCACGUUAAGCAAUCUUGCUUCUUUGGUUUUAACUACGAAUGACUUGACCGGCAACAUUCCGUCGUCAAUUACAAAAUUAACCAAUUUAAAAGUGUUGGACUUAAGUACCAACAAGCUCAAUGGAAACAUACCCAGCGGCGUAGGUGACAUAUUUCUUCUUAAAAAUUCCUUGACCGGUGUUAUUCCGGGAGGCAUAUGUCAAAGGACUUAUGCUCAGUGUGAUUUAAGUUCGAAUAAUCUCUCCUCCUCCGGCUCUCCUCCUAAAUGUGGUCAGUGCAACCUUUGA